GGCGGCAGCGGGAGGCGCAGAGCUGCUGCUCGGGCGCCCCGGCGGGGGCUGCUGUGCCCCGGGGGCCUCACCGUGUGUUUGCAGCGCGGCCGCCACCGCCGGGAGCCGCAGCCAUGGCUCGGGGGGAGCUCGGCGUCCUCCGCUGGCUCAGGGACAGCCGGCAGUCCAGAAAACUAAUCCUGCUGAUCGUUUUCAUCGCGUUGCUGCUGGACAACAUGCUGCUGACGGUGGUCGUGCCGAUAAUUCCCAGUUACCUUUACAGCAUCAAACAUGAGAAAAAUGCAACAGAAAUCCAGACUACUAAGCCUAACAUAGUUUCAACAACAAUGGACAAUUUUCAGAGUAUCUUUUCCUAUUAUGACAACUCAUCAAUGCUUACUGGAAAUGAAUCUGAUAUGACAAGACCAAGAGAGCUGCAUCAUACUCAGACAGAACAAAUGAUAGUGAAUGUGACUAUUUCACCAUCUGAUUGCCCAAAGGAAGAUAAGGACCUGCUGAAUGAAAAUGUUCAAGUUGGUCUGUUGUUUGCUUCAAAAGCAACAGUUCAGCUUAUCACUAACCCUUUCAUAGGGCCCCUGACAAACAGAAUAGGCUACCAGAUUCCGCUGUUUGCUGGCUUCUGCAUCAUGUUUGUGUCAACAAUCAUGUUUGCUUUCUCAGGCAGCUACACCUUACUGUUUAUUGCAAGGUCCCUUCAAGGAGUGGGUUCCUCUUGUUCUUCAGUGGCAGGGAUGGGUAUGCUCGCCAGUGUUUAUACAGAUGAUGAAGAGAGAGGCAACGCAAUGGGAAUUGCACUGGGAGGUCUUGCUAUGGGAGUAUUAGUGGGCCCACCUUUUGGGAGCGUCAUGUAUGAGUUUGUGGGGAAGAGUUCUCCUUUCCUUGUGCUGGCUGCACUAGCGCUGUUAGAUGGAGCUGUUCAAUUAUUUGUGCUACAGCCAUCCAGAGCACAAGCAGAAAGUCAGAAAGGGACACCGUUACUGACGCUCUUGAAGGACCCUUACAUCAUUAUCGCAGCAGGUUCAAUCUGUUUUGCAAACAUGGCUAUUGCUAUGCUUGAACCAGCAUUACCUAUCUGGAUGAUGGAGACCAUGUGUUCAAGGAAGUGGCAACUUGGUGUUGCUUUUCUUCCAGCUAGUAUCUCUUAUCUUAUCGGGACUAAUAUUUUUGGGAUACUUGCACACAAAAUGGGCAGGUGGCUUUGUGCUUUACUUGGGAUGAUAAUCGUGGGAAUAAGUAUUUUAUGUGUACCAUUUGCUAAAAACAUUUAUGGGCUCAUAGCACCAAAUUUUGGAGUUGGAUUCGCCAUUGGAAUGGUGGACUCUUCCAUGAUGCCAAUUAUGGGCUACCUUGUAGAUCUGCGACAUGUGUCCGUCUAUGGGAGCGUGUAUGCAAUAGCUGAUGUUGCCUUUUGCAUGGGGUUUGCAUUUGGUCCCUCUGCUGGUGGUGCCAUUGCAAAAGCAAUUGGAUUCCCAUGGCUCAUGACCAUUAUAGGAAUUGUGGAUAUUCUUUUCGCUCCUCUGUGCUUUUUCCUUCGAAGUCCACCUGCCAAAGAAGAGAAAAUGGCAAUACUCAUGGAUCACAACUGUCCUGUUAAAACAAAAAUGUAUACUCAGAACAACAUCCAGUCCUAUCCAAUAGGUGAUGAGGAAGAAGAAUAUGAAAGUGAUGAAUAACAUUAAAAGCCAUAUGAAGUAUUUUGGUGUACAAAAACGCAGUGUUUCAUGUGAAACAUCUCAUCCAGAAAUAUGUUUUAGUUGUGUUGUACUUUUAAUAGUGAAAUAGUAAAAGAAAAAAAACCAAAGGUAAAUUAUUUAUUUCCCAUGGUUAUGAAGCAGACUGCUAACCGCCUUAUAAGGAGGAAAAAAAGCUUUUAUAGCAGAUUUCUAUAGUGUUGACCUUUAUUUUGUGUAUUUAAUUUUAUUAAAUAUUACACAGUAUAUUUUUGAUUAAAUGUGUAGUAUAAAUCUGUAUAAAUGUGAAUUUAAACUUUUUUUUAAUUAACUCAUUAACACACAAUAUUUUGUAUUUUAGAGUCAUAGGGAAGAACUGAGAUGUUGAUAGUAAAUUAUUAUCUAAUUUAGUCAUCCAAUUUAAAAAAGCAGAGCUCAAAGAAAACAUACCUAUCCAAUUUCUAGUCUUUUAAAUUGUACCCUUGUAAGUACAUUCACAGGAGCUAAAGACUGAAAUUAAGAGUGUAGAUAUCACUAUGAGUUUUGUGAUCCAUUUUGGAUCAUAAAAUACUAAAAUAAAUAGCCUUAGCUUCGUUGCUGAUUCAAAAAUGAGCUUUACAUGACCACUCAUGAAACACUGGGGAAAAGAAAGUAUUUUGCAGAUGAGUGUAUUGCUAUUAUUCAGUACUCUUUGAUGAAGUUUUGAAUAACUGGCCAGCUAUGUUAUACACACACAGUAAAAAGGUAUGUAUGAAUGUACACAGUUCCUUUCCUUUAAAGGGAAUAAGAAUAGCAUAAAAGAUAUGGCAUGUGUUUAUAUUCUUAUCUUUUGGCUCUUUUAUUUUUCACAUGUCAACUUUAUUUUAGACACAGUUCACAUGACUAAUUAAAAAAGCUGCAGUAUCACAGCUUUUAGUUCUACAGAGUACUGCAACUAAGCUGAUGCCUUUAGUUUGAACAGGAAAAUAUUUUAUAUGCAUUUGCAUGCAUGCCUAGAAAUCGCAUAUAUAAAUAUAUUUAUUUUUCAAAAAUUAAGUAAAAAUAUCAAUUUUGCUAAAAAUAGUAAGAACUAAUAGCUUGUGCCAAUAUCUUAAUAUUUGGGGACAAAUGCAGAAAAAGCACUGCAUUAGACUGUAUCUGCACUGAGAAAAAUUAGACUCUGAAAGAAAGCAUUUUAAAAAAAUCACAAUGUCCUUAUCUAUUGUGGUGUAUGGUUUUUAUUUGUAAAUUAAAAUCUUUAUGUGCCUUCUUUCAUGUAACUGCAGAUGUUUUAUGUAUUACAGCAUAGAUGCUAUGUUUACAUAUAGUUUUGUAAAGUGUAUAUACUAUGGUCAGAAAAAAUGAAAAAUAUAGCGGAUCAAACUUCAAGUGUUGCAUUAUCAAUAAUUAUGCAUUCAGACUGCAUUAAAAUAAAGUAAUCUAAAGUUCA